AUGAUAUCUAACCUAAGUCUUGCAGUAAAAUUACAUAGUAAAUCUAGCCCGGAGGAUGCCACAGAAGAGAAAAAAGUUCUUGUUGAAUAUAGUAAAGAAGAGGACGCAAGCACUGUGGCAUCUGGGGACCUUCAAAUACAGGGCCUGCGUGUUUUAAUGUAUCUGGAAUCUAUUGGGAAGCCAGCCCCAAAGGAGGAGCAGUCAGAGCAUUCAAACCACAAGUAUAAGGUUUUUCUUGGCAAUCUGUCUUUGGGGGUGACUGAGGAAAGUCUCUCUGAGUUGGUUAAAAAGGUGCACUCUAAAGGCGUUAUUGUCAAGACUUCCGCGAAAAGCGAAAAGAAGUACGCCUUUUUGGAGUUUGAGACGGAGUCGCAGAGGAACAUCGCACUUGGCCAGAUUGAGGUUAUAAAACAGGAAGGCGCUCUGAGCACGGAAGUAGAAGUCUCAGUAGCGCAUCCCUACACCCCAAAAAGGUCAAGAUAUGGACCACACAGAAAAGGAAGACAAAAGACUCAGAAACCAUCCCAAAAUUCAGUUUAG